UUUCUUGAAUGCGUUUGUUUUUUUUCGAUAAUGUCAAGAAUAUACACGAGUUGUUGAUAAUAUCAUUGAAUCUCGAAGAUCGUUAAACAUUAUGGAAACAUUAUUGCCAUCGGAGAUAGCUCGAUUAGUUCUUGGGUACCUUGAAGACCAGAAAUGUAUUGAAGCUGCUAAAACAUUUUUAGAGACAUCACCGCAUUUACAAGAAUGUCGAACUGUAAUUUCUAAUGGAAGACGUUUUAGUACUAAAGUUAGCGGAAUGUCGUUGAUAGAUGUAGUAGAAAAUUUUUUUGUUAUAAAUGCAACGAUACAGGAGCGUUUCAGCAAGAUCGCAGAUUGUGAACAGGUAAAACACUGUGGAGAUUUGCUCGAACAGUUAAAAUUUCUCAUUGAAGAGACUCGUGGACAACGUUUUGUCGUUAACAUCAAUGUUCCUUCGCAGGCCAGUUCUCAAAUAAGCAAUGGAUCACCAAUACUAUGUAGUGGUGGUCGAAAGAGGCGUCAUAGUAAUAGCGAUCGCGAACGAUGCAAACGUACGAAAACAGGAUCGGAUAUGUCUCAACUACCCGCAUCGCCUUCCACUCAAGUAAUAGGUUUCGAUAGUGUAGAAGCGACUCUGUUAGAAAGUUUACCUGGUCACACAGACACAUCCGAUCGAUCUGAAUAUUCUACGACAAAUAAGGGGAAAAAAUGCAAUAGUGUACACCAGGAACAUCAAGGCGACGAUCAAGAUGUCCAGAAUCUAGAAACCGAUGCUGUUACGGAUAAUGGAUGCAAAGAAGAUGGCGCGAAGAAAUCCUGUUCAUUUGAGAAAUGUAGCACGGCAACGAGCACGGAAGAAUUAUUGAGCUACUCGUGCGUAGAAGUCCAGACCACGCCAUAUGACACCCCCGAGUCCGAAUCAGAAUCUAACGAUGAACCUAUAGAAAAUCUGAGCUUGUUAACGAAAGAGCUCUUGAAUCGUACGGAAUUACAAGAACGUAUUGCGGAUAAUAUUAACAAAGCAAUACUUCCUGCGGAUACAUCUUUGAGAGACGAAACCUUAAACGACACUGUGAACGGCGAAGGAAACACUUCUAUUAUGAUCGAGUUGAAUAACGCCAUUAAAUCGAUAGUACAAGCAACGGAGUCUGAUCCAGUGUUUGAGAAAUUUCUGGACGAAGUGAUCGGGCCACACACGGAAACCGACAAUACAAGUCCCGACGAAGAUGUCGAGGCUGUGAAACCGAAAACAAAAUGUCUGAAUGGAUCGCCGCGAGAAAAACAAUUGUCUGAAAUUAUCACGAACAUUGACUCGCCGGAAUCACCUGCGAUCUUGGACCUGAAAUCGUCCACAGAGACAGGUGCUGCGGACGUGCCACUGAAACACAGACUUCGCAGUUCUUCCAGACAGCAAAAUGUUCGAGUCGAAGACGAACGAGAUCAAGAAAAAGGAUACAGUGCUUUGGACGAUCAAAACGCCGCCGCAGUGUUGAGUAUAAUAAAUGCCAAUAUCAUCAACAAACCGACUAACGAUAAGAAAGUGAUCGUAGACACCGCGAAAGAAGUUACGCGUUCGGUGGAUGUCGACGAUGAGAAAAAGUCACCGAUAUUGGAACUCCCUCCGAACGAAGAUAAGGAAACUGUAAAAUCGAUAAGUAUCGAUAAUCAAAAGGGUGAUAACAACGAUACAACGGUGGUUCAAAGCAACGAUGCAGAAUCAAAGGUAAAGAAAUCGGUAGUGAAGCAACCGCGAUCAGCGAAGCUUAAACGCGAAUCAAACAGUAAUUGCACGCCCGAAGAAGAUUUGAUGACGACGCCAACGUUAAUAGUAUGCUCGAAAGAAGAAAUAAACAAUAUGUUGAUGGCUACGAGAACACCCUAUCCAUCAAACCGUUCUAUAACGUCAGCCACAAAUUCCCGUUUUGUCCCCAUCGUGCCUAAAGAUCCGAACGCCCAAGAGCCUGUAAGCAAAGUGUAUUUAAAAACUGUGAACGUUCCAACAAAUCCCACGACGUUGCAACAGCAUGAGAAAAGGAAGAGUAACAAAACGAACAAUAAACAGAAAAACACGACUAUUCAGAGUCCGGUGAAGAGUCUGACGAUCGGUAAAUCGAUUGCAAAUCCCGUUGCAUCCGCCGCUAAUAAAUUUGUCACUAAAGAAUCUAUAACCCUUUACAACAGUGAAAAUGGCGCAAGAACGUUGCUGGAUGGCACGAGCAUGCCCACGAUAAACAUAGACGAUAACGUUCAUUUAUCGGGCACUGGAUUGUCACCCUACGUAAAAUUCACUUCCGGCAAGGCUAAUAAAAAUCAAAGCCUGUCGGAUAUCGAUUUGACGACCGUCGUGCCGGUCUCAAAAAUUGCCGCGCCGUUGGAAGUAAACGUCCCCGAUGUUCAGCGUCCCUCAACAUCGAAAAAUACCGAUAUCAUUCAUAAACGUACCCCGAGAUCUUUACUGAAGAGCAGAUCAAAGAAUCACAGAUUGAGCUUGUCCACGCCUAGAAGAAAGAGCAGCAAUCACGUGAGGGCGCUUAAUUUUAAUACUCCGACGAAGGCAGUUGCCGCGUUGAACAGGUCGAUGAGCGAGAACGAGAGCGCUCGUCUCUCACCCAGAUCGUCCAAGUAUGCGAAAUCUGUCUGUAAAACUUCCCUGUUCAAGUCGCCGCCGUUUGGUGGGGCCACGGUCUCCACGCACAAAAUUAAAAGAGGCUCGCCGAAAAUUUGUCGACCUACGAGCCCACCGAUAGCGACGAGAAGCCCCAUGCCCAAACUGAUCGGUGGCUGGGAGAAGUACAACGGGGUUGGAGUGAUUAUCGGCGACGUUCCUCCGGAGAAAACUGACGCGGUUUCUCCCGUCGAGGACACGAACCAAUCAAAACCGUCCACGGUUAGCAAAGACACUUGGGACGCGGACUUGCGGAAAGCGUUGCAAGGCACCGCGAAAAAGGAGUGUCGGAAAAGCAAGUCGCAAGCAAAAAGAACUGAACGCACGAAGGAUAAGACUGUACAGGAAAGGUCGAGGAAGGUCAGGUACAAUUCGCGUGCAUCGAGAGCGAGAAACAGGGAAAUUUCCGUGACGAAGGAUAGUCGUGAACGGAAAGCGACGAUAGAAAAUGAGAAAGGUUUAGCGGACGCGGUAAAUAGUUCUGUUAAUACUCAAAAGGACACUUUGCGAGCCUGCGAUGCCAGCGAGUCGCAGAAUGUUUCCGAGCAGAAGAACGCCGACAAAUUGUCGUCGAAAAAGAGCAAGUGUGGCGCGACAACUGCGAACGAUAAACCGGUAGUCGAGAAAAAGAUCGUGAAAAAGUAUGCACAGUUGAAAACGUUAAGAACCAAUUUGAACAAAUCUAGCUCAGAAUUUUCUACAGAUAUUUCUACGGAUGUCGUGCAGCAUUCCGAAUUUACGAAAGCCUCCGUGGAUACGGCGCAUCAGGUGUUACAGCUGAUGCCCGAGUUGAUAAAUCUGGAGGAAACGCCGAAGAAAUUGGAAACUUCUUCGGACGUGCCGCCGACACCGAGGUUACUUAGCCCUAGCAGCCACGUAACGCCGUUUAUAAAGGGUAGCGAAGAUUCCAGCAAACUACGUUGUUUCAUCAACACGCCAGAAUUCCCAACAACACCUUGCAUAGCGUUGACUCCAAAGCAUUCGGAUGGAACUACCAACGAUAAUACGAAAAAGGAUGCGUUCAAUACCUGCUCCCCCUAUUACAAACCUAUUUCCGAGCAAAACGAGAAUUCGGAAAAAUUAUCGAAGUCGAAGACGGAUCUGCCUUCGCAGAGCUCGAAACAGUGCACACCUAACAACGUUACCGACUCCGCGAACGCCUAUCAAGCUUGCGUGUCCGCGAAAUUGGAAAUAACGCAGUUCGAGGUGAUCAAAGAAAAUUUGCCAAAAGAAGACGCGGUGAAGGAGCUGAAAAUAUCAACGAACUCUCGGGAAUCCUCAACGUGUUACGGAAAGUCGAAGAUCGACCAUAACAAAGACGGCAUUAUGGAACGUACGUGUGCGAUAACUGAUAACGAUAAAUCUUUGUACAACGACGAGAAAUCGAACGACAGCGACACAUCGUCUUCGUCCAAUUCUUCGUCCACGUCCUCCUCCUCCGAAUCGUCGUCGUCGACGUCGUCUUCCUCGUCGUCGUCGUCCGUUUCCUCGAAUAAGUUGAGCAUCGGAGAUUCACCGGAGAAAUUGCUCUCCAGCAAGAAAUGCAACAGAAUCCCAAAUCAAAUAUAUACAGAUACAAGCAACGAUUCGACGCGAAAAGACACGCAUGCUGUAAGGACGGUGAUCGCGGAAAAUGAUUUUGUAGAAUUGAAAAUAAAGACGGCGGAUGUACCGUAUACGGAAGAAACGAUCGCCGCUUUAAAAAAGUGCGAGUCCUCGCCGUUGAAAGUAUUUUCGAUAGUAAAAACCGACGAGGAACUAAUGGCCGAUACGACGGAGACACCCGCGAAAGAUGAGACUUUAUUAAACGAGGCGGACAUUUCGGAGACUCCUAACAGUACAAAAAGCGGCGUGGAAAGUUUGACAAAUUUGUCUUCGAAGAUCGCGGCGUUCAUAAGCUCGGAGGAUCGAAAAUUGUCGAAGUCGGAUGAAGGCCAGCGAUUGGAAAAUUCCGUGGGAAAGAAAGUAAAACAAAAACCAAAGAUAAUAAGCAUACAACGCACGAGAUUAAAUACUUCCGUCACCUUGACGCCCGUUAAACCCGUAAAAUGUUCUUCCGUUUUGCAGAAGGAACAAACGUCUCCGGUCACGGAUAAAAAAUUAGCCGUGCAAUUGGAGACGAAACGUCAACGUAUGAUGUCCAAGUUCAGAGUAAAUCCGAAGGGCAACUUGACUGGUGGAAAAUCUCAACGAGGACGUGUUAUUUUGAAAGGUAAAAGUAAUGCUAAUCCGAGGAGAAAGAGCAAUAAGUUUGGCCAGGCGAGCGGUGAUCAGAUUAACAAAAAACGAAAAAGAAAGGAAAACAAGAACGUGGAGAAAUCCGCUAAUAAUAAUAACGAAAGUACAGAUGCGGUGAUAAAAAAUUCAUCCACGAAUAGCGACCGUUAUCAGAAUAAAGGAAACUAUAACGAGGAAAUUGUAUGUAAUGAUAUUUCGUCGAUAAAAACUGCACAGAAGAAUGAAUCGGAUAAAGUUAUCGUCGCGUUGGUCGAGGACAUUGCCAACAACGUUGAGAUCAGCGUGGUUCAAGAAAAGAGUUCAGACGCGCUCGAUUCGGAAAAUAAAAUUUGCAAUCUGAUCACCACGGAAAAGGAAAUUGUAUCGAAGUUGGAAAUAACAGAAAAUCCAGAAGCGAAGAAUGCUACGAUCGGUACCGAAGAAAAUAGUGCACACGACCUGAAAGAACACAAUGUGGAUAGGAGAAAAUCCGUGGGCGAUGAGACGAUUAACGAUAUCACUUCGCAACAAAGGAAGUCCGAUGCAAUAAGGAACGAGCAUAAUUAUAACGAGAAAAACAUACGCAAGGCGAAGGAGUACCCAAGUUACAAUGGUAAAACGAACAACAUAAUGAAAUUGAAGGUGGACCAAGUGAGACGAGAUUUGUUCAGCGACGAAGAAAAUGAUCAGAAAGCAUCUAAUACGAUAAAGUUUUCGACCAAUCAGGGGAUACACGAUAUCGUGGAUACGCCUAAACUAUCCAACGAUGCUGCUAAAUCGUCUACGAAGAAUGUUGAGUCGGAUAAUCCCAAGAAUUUAUCGCGUGUCCUUCAAUCGUUGCAGCUCGUUCCCACAUGUAAGAACGAUAAUGUGGGAAUGCUUGAACACGGCCAGGAAAACCAUUGUAAAACAAACCUUAACGUAACGUCUGUACCCAACUCGGUGGAGUAUCAUUUUCUGUACGACGACAACGCGCCCUUGAAAAAACGAAGACGAAGAUACAGCAGCCACGAAUUGGAAUUUCAAAUAAACAUCGUCUUCAACGAUCAAUGUUACGACGAGUGCGUUAAAGUAAUGACGGCCACCGAUUACGAGGAGAUAUUCAAUCUUCUACCAAGGAGAAAGGUCACGAAUAAGAGGUCGCCCAUGAAAAAUGAAAAUAUCUAUGGAUCGUACGACAAAGCAUUUCUUAGCAAUUUAACGAUGAAAAAUAUACAUGCCAAGCCUUUAGCUACAUCGACGCCCCUCGACAAGCCGCUUACGCCCAAAGUGAAAAAGGGCACAGUUAAAACUUGCGCGAUCAACGAGAAGAAAAACGAAGCGCAGCAGGAUAAUAAGAAAAAGUCGAAGAUCGAUAAAGCAACCAGAGAAAUUGACAAAGACAAUUGCACGGGAAAAGUAUCGAAAAGGAAAUUGUCGGAAACGAAAGAAAGUAAGCAGAUUGAGAAACGACAGUAUACGACUGACCCUAAAACAUUAUUGAGCAACUUGGAUCUGGAUAAAUUUUUAACAUCCGUUCACGGACCAGCGUGAGCACAAAAUUUAGCUCUCUAACGUUGUACAAAACAUUAAAAUACGACUAAUGUACAUACAGUAAAUGUUAUAUACAUUAUUAUAUUUUAAGAGAUUAUUUUACUUUGAACUGAGUUAUGUUAUACGUAGAAUAUUAGAGGAUGUUUUAGAAUUAACUGG